GUUCGGUCCAUUGCUUCCGGACCCCGUCGCUGUCCCGCAAAGAUGGCUCUGCCAAUCUUCAAACACAAACCUAUUGAUCUAGCGAGCGAUGCUAUCAGGCUUGUUCGUAUAUUCAAGGGCUACUCUAAAGAGUCGAUUAGUUGCGAGGUGUUUGAGACAUGGCUCCACGAAAUUGAAGGUGUCCCCUACGAAGCAUUGUCCUACGCUUGGGGUGGCAAACGGAAGUCGGCAGAAAUCGUCGUCAAUGGAUGCACCACAAAAGUCACCGAAAAUUUGUUCACGGCAUUGAAGCAUCUAAGAUUAGAACAUCGAGAUCGGGUUAUGUGGAUUGAUGCUAUUUGCAUUGACCAGGGCAACAGCAAAGAGCAGGGUCAUCAAGUUGGUCAAAUGAGGGCCAUUUACAGCAAAGCCGAGGAGGUCAUCAUCUGGCUAGGUCCAAGCAGUGACAACAUUGACCUCCUUAUGGGCUUAAUGAAUCGGGUGCACAGCAAUGCAAUGGUUGCAACUCAGAGUUGGGCAGAGUCGCCAGAGCGCUGGCAGGUUGGCUGGCCAAUUUUGCAACAUCGCCUACGCGGAAUCCACCACACUGAGAUAGACACCCGCGUGGGCGAUGCUUUUCAGGAACUCUUCCAAAAGCCCUGGUUUCUACGAGUAUGGGUCAUACAAGAAGUUGCGAGCGCUCGAGCCGCGUCUAUCAUGUGUGGUUCGAACACAAUCUCCACGCGAACGUUCACACAAAUCCCGCCCUUGUUGGGGAUGGAAACGAGCGCUCAUACCCAAGCUGUGUUGGAUGUUAUGCCCGGGUAUUUGAGGAAAAGUACCUGGUGGAGUCACAAGCAAGACCUCGCCACACUGCUCCAGAAGUUUCAGCACAGUAAAGCAGGUGACCCGCGCGACAAAAUAUACGCCUUGUUGGGAAUCUCAUCGGAUGCCUGCAGCAAUGAAAUUUUUCGGCCGAACUAUGAGAGAAAUUCAAACCAGGUGGCUCGAGAUACGAUGAGACUUUUA